AUGGAGGAAACUCUGUUCGACGAGAUUCUCCAGGAAAUAUUUACAAGACUGCAAUCGUCUUCCUCGUUACCAACUCACGAAUUGGUUCCUCUCGUCUCCAAGCGAUGGCUUCGCCUCUACAGAGCUUCCAAGACUUCCAUGUCCUUACGAAUCAGCCCUUUCGACAGCUCAGUAAUUACCCAUCUACCCUCUAUCCUUCACAACCAUCCUUCUCUCUCCUCCCUCUCCUUCAUCUUUGACUCCAAAUUCCCGACCCCAAUCCGCUCGGCUUCCGACGAUUCCGCGGCGGAGGCGAAUUUCAACGCCUAUCUCAUCUCGAUCGUCUCUUCUCGCUGCAUCAAUCUCGAAAAACUCAGACUUUUAGUCAGCCCUGUUUCUUCAUCUUCUUUACUUCCUCUCUCUGCUUCUUCUUCUUCAUCUCUCACUUCUCUCUCUCUCGAAUUGGUCAGACCCGUUUCCUUCGAUUGGGUUGCUUCGUUUAAAUCUCUCAAGGACUUAUCAAUCGAUGUCUCCUCAAGAACAACCUCCGAUUUCGAAUCCGGGUCAAACCGUAACACUAACCCGGACGAUGCCGUCGUCGAGGAAUCCGGUUUGGAGUCGAUUUCGUUAACCGGAAUCCAAUCAGACGAUACCGGAGUCACCUGGCUAUGGAAGAGAUGCAGAAAGGUAAAGAAACUGAGCCUGAAAUCAUGUGGAACCAUCGGAGAAACAGAGCUUUUCGGUUUGUGUUUGAAGAAUCUCGAAGAGAUUGAGCUGAGGACGUGUAGGAGCAUAGCUGAUGUGGUUCUGCUCAAAGUCUCAGAGGUUUGCGAGUCUCUCAAGUCUCUCUUGAUCUACGAUGGUGGAAACAGAGACGGAUUGGAUCAUUUCAUGAACAAUUCCAAAUGCAAUGAUACUUUGAAGAGUCUCGAUUUGCGUCUACCAAUGGAUUUGAUCGACGACCAUCUCGUCUCUCUCGCUGAAAAUUUCAGAUCUUUAUCUACUCUGAGGCUUGCAAGCUGUUACUUUGUGACUGGUUUGAGUCUAAAGGUGUUAGCUUUAAGCUUUAGUUCGAGUCUUGAAGAGCUUUCUUUGCUUAGCUGCGACGCUGUUGAGAGAGAGUCUGGUUUGUUGGCGACGUUAGGACAGGAUUUGAGGAGGUUGAGGAAGCUUGAAUUGCCGUUUAAUGAGUGGCUAUCUGAUAAGGAGCUUGUGUCGAUGUUGGCUUCUUGCGGUGGCUUGGUUGAGUUGAAUCUGAGAGGAUGUAAGAGCUUGACAGGUUCUGUGUUGGUUUCUUUGAACAAGAGCUGUGUGAAGUUGAGGACUUUGGAUGUUGCGAGUUGUGGAUUGAUUGAGGGUGGUGACGUGGAGGCUUUUGUUGUGAAGUCGCAGAGGUUGAAGAAGAUUGUGGUUGAUGAGAAGAAGAUUACAGAGGAGGCGAUGAAAUGGGCUUCGAGUAAGUUAAUUGACGUUGUUGCUGUUGAUUCGGAUCUUCCUCGGUGA